AACAGUCACGUCUAUAUCCACUUGGAUGUCCGAUAUAACUUCAAGAUCCUCCUAAUACGAACCCCAUCCAUCCCAUCAUACUUCCCCCACUUUUACACCCACACACAUACAUCCUCCCAUCUCAAUCUCGUCUUGCCACUUGGCACUUGCCCAGCUGUUCUGUACUUCAUUGUAGGCGCUGUCCUUUCAACAAGCGAAGAUGAUCGACCCCGCAUCCUAUCAGUAUCCCUCUCCGUUGGCAGGCUUCGAGAAUGCCGCACCACUACCGGAAGAGGUGGCCGAGGAUGGCAAAAGCCUGAAGAACUCGCCAAGGGCAGAUGGGCUCAGUAAGGCUUACGAGGCAUUUACAGCCCCCUUGGAUAACGGUCGAAGGGGUGGCUUUGAUGUCCACAUAUAUCACUAUCAGAAUAACCCGACGCAAGUAAAAUACGCCAAAGAGCUGUUUGAGCGGAUUCGACGAGAAUUCCCCGAGCUCAGAAUCUAUCGCUUCUGGGACAAACCCGUUGGGCCGCAUCCCGUUGCCAUGUUUGAGGUCGAUCUCUUCACCCCGGCGCAGUUCGGCGCCUUCAUCUCGUGGCUUGCGAUUUAUCGUGGUCCUCUUUCGGUCCUCGUUCACCCCAACACAGUAGAGGAGGAUGUACCUGAGCUGCAGGCAGAGCUCAGGAAUCACACGCAGAGAGCACUUUGGAUGGGCGAGAAGAUCCCCCUGGAUACCUCCAUUUUCUACCGGUCUGAGUGAGGAGUUCAGCAACGGUAUGUUCAAGACGGGGACUUACACGCCGGUUGGGUCGAAGGGUGGAGUUGACAAUAAGAUAAUGCACAGCUGUAUGUAGGCUAAACUGCCUUCCGAAGAACACAUAUAUUUUGAUGUUUUGUCCUUUGUUUAGAGAAACUGACCUCCCUUUCU